UCGCGCCGAGCUCGCUCAUCGCUGCAGAGUUGCCGACGAGUCUUUAUCCGUUUCCCCGAAAGGCGAUUGUUCGAUAGCGUGGCCGAAUUCGGCAGCGGACGCCAACGCCUCGCGUUCACACGGUCGGCACGGGGCAGGACGUUCGAUUCGAAAGCGAGCUGCGCACGGCCUAGGAGGCAGUCGAGGGGAGGAGGAGGAGGAGGAGGAGGGGGACGCAAGGUUAACGCGGUUCGGCGUUCCGCGUCCGGCGGCGGUGGUUGUUCCAGCGGCGCUGGAGGACGAGGAGGAGGAUGAGCGAGCCGCGCGAGCGCACCUACCUCGGCCUCGACUUCAGCACCCAGCAGUUGAAGGCAGCGGUGCUCGACGACGACCUCAACGUCCUCCACGAGACCUGCGUGCAGUACGACAAUGACCUGCCGGAGUUUAGGACGUACGGCGGCGCGCUGCACCCGAAGGACGAGCCGGGCUCGGCGGCGGCGCCGACGCUGAUGUGGGUGAAGGCGCUGGACAUGAUCCUGGACCGGCUGCGAGUCUGCGGGGUGGACUUCGGCCGCGUGGCCGGCGUGUCCGGCUGCGCGCAGCAACACGGCACGGUCUACUGGGCGCGGGGCGCGCGGCGCGCGCUCAAUCGCCUCGACCCGGACCGCUUCCUGCACGAGCAGCUGGUCGCGGCGUUCUCGGUGUCGCCCGCGCCGAUCUGGAUGGACUCGAGCACCGGCGCCGAAUGCAGGCGCCUGGAGGAGGUCGCCGGUGGGGCGAAGGUACGUACCCGAGCCGCGCGACCCGAGGCGAGCCUGCCGCGCGUGACGUUCUUUCAGAGGCUGGCGGAGAUCACGGGCUCGAGGGCGACGGAGCGCUUCGCGGGACCGCAGAUCGCCAAGCUCGCGAGGAGGCGGCCCGAGGCCUACGAGAACACCGAGCGGAUAUCGCUGGUGAGCAGCUUCGCGGCCUCGCUGUUCCUCGGCGACUACGCCCCGAUCGACUGGGCGGACGGCUCGGGCAUGAACCUGCUGGACAUCCGCGCGAAGGACUGGCGCGACGAGCUGCUCGAGGCGUGCGCACCAGGGCUGCGCGAGAGGCUCGGCCAGCCGGUGUCCUCGAGCACGGACCUGGGGCCGCUGUCCGGCUACUUCGUGGAGCGCUUCGGCUUCCGCGAGGGCUGCCGGGUGGUGGCGUUCACCGGCGACAACCCCUGCUCGCUUGCCGGCCUGCGGCUGAAGGAGGGCGAGCUGGCCUGCAGCCUGGGCACCAGCGACGCCCUCUUCCUGUACCUGAGCCACCCGCGAACCUCGACCGACGGCAGCGUGUUCUGCAACCCGGUGCGGGACGACGCGUACAUGGCGCUCAUAUGGUACGGUUGGGUCGCGCUCGCGCUCGCGCCCCAACUACACGGACGCUCUGCUCUCUGUCGCCGAAUCAGCUUCAAGAACGGCUCGCUGACGCGCGAGCGCGUGCGCGACGCGGCGGCCGGCUCGGACUGGCGGCUGUUCGACGAGCUGCUGGACAACACGCCGCGCGGCAACUUCGGCAACUUGGGGCUGUACUACGACGCGCCGGAGAUCCUGCCGCGCGGCCUCGACGGCGACCACCGCUUCAACCGGGCCGGCGACCGCGUGGCCAGGUACAGCUCGGUGGAGGUGGAGGUGCGCGCGCUCGUCGAGGGACAAUUCGUGGCCAGGAGGGCGCACGCCGAGGACUUUGGCUUCGUCGUCGGUCCCGGCUGCAGAAUCGUGGCCACGGGCGGCGCCUCCGGCAACAGGGCCAUGCUGCAGGUGCUCGCCGACGUCUUCGACUCGCCCGUCCACGUCUCGGAAGCGGCCAACUCGGCGGUGCUGGGCGCCGCCUACAGGGCCAAGCACGCGCUGCUCGAGGACGGGCGCAGCUUCGAGGAGCUGCUCAGCUGCCUGCCCGAGCCCACGCUCGUUUGUCAGCCGUACCCCGACGCCGAGAGCAUCUACAAGCCGAUGCUGCAGCGCUACCGUCGGAUCGUCGAACAACUGACAUCGGGCCAACGCUCGGACUGACGACGCGGGCGACGCAUUCCAAGUGCCUCUCUCUUUCUCUCUUUCUCUCUUUCUCUCUUUCUCGCUUUCUCGCUUUCGCUCUUGCAAACACCUUGGACCUGUAGAUACGAAUGCAAUGAUGUCGUCGCGCGUCUCGCGACUAACGCGCGUGCUUAUUUUUCGGAAACGCGGCCUCGCUGCUCUCUUGUUCUACCUCUGGGCGUGUACGUAGAGUUUGUGAAUUAAAUACAUUCUUUGACAACUACAUUGCUCGACUUUCGCUUCACGCCACCACCUUGCGCGGGCGUUCCAUCGCGCAGGAGGCGGCGGCCCGCGAGAAAACGUCAGUCUCUCAAAAACCCAACCCAGGAUGAUUCUCGAUCGAAUUGCACUCGACUUCGAUCGGAACAACAUCGUUCGUAGAUUCGUUCUCGCCAACUUGAGAGAAAACAAUCGAAACUCAACCUCAAAACAUAUACAUAUAUAUAAAAUAAAUAAAUGAAGAAAGUCAACGCCUCGACAUUUCGUAUCCCUUGUUGCUAUUAUAUUGCGAUAUUGCGCCCCCCACGCAGGCAUUCAGCGCAUAUCCGAAUAUAUAUAGCGAAGGCAGCGAUCACCUCGGUAUCUCGGUCGAGGAUCUGGAAGACGGCGCUGCAGCUAAGGCCGUCGCCCCCUCCGCCGCUGGCGCUCCCGUCGCUUGCGAACCAACGAGAGCACGUAUAGCAUGAGAAUCGCCGGCAGUCGCGGCACUCCGUACCUACCGAUCGCGUCCAUAGGGCCGCGCGAGGAUCACACCGCCUACUAACGACUCGCUGAACUUGCUGACCCGUCCCGUCGAUCGUCUCUCGUCCGCGAAUAAGGUUAUCGCUCCAGGAUGGCGAUCAAGAAACUCAGGGAUUUGGCGGUGCUGACGACGUCGCCGGUCGGCGCGGCGUCGAGGUGCCCGAGACGCUCGGCUCUCUUCGCGCGCGGUGAGACUCGACCGGACGACUCUCAAAAGUUCGAUAGGAUCAGAGCGUUGGUUUGUUUUUCAUUGUUUUUUUCUCCUCCCCUCCCCCUCCCCUCCCCUUCUUUUCUUUUCGCGCAGAGCA